UCUGCAGUUUCAUCUUGGCCAACGCACGCAUUGUUGACUAUCCGAUCGUUUAUUGCAACGAGGGCUUCUCCAAACUGAUUGGCUAUAGUCGUGUGGACAUUAUGCAAAAAAGUGGUAACUGUGCCUACUUCUACGGAGAGCAGACCACGCAAGAGAUGCGUGACCGACUGCUCAAAGCACUGGACACACAAACACCAGAUCAGAUUGAAAUGUUAUUUUACAAAAAGAACCAUUCACCCUUGUGGCUUCUGGUUUGCAUCUCUCCGGUCCGGAACGAACAGGAAGAAGUCGUUCUGUUUCUGCUAGCCUUUCGUGACAUCACGAUGCUGAAAACCCCAUUCGAGGAUGAGGAGUCGGCCAAAGGAUGUGCGAUUAAUAUCGCACAUCUCACAGAAGCCCUAGAACCGGUGACCUCCAGGCUAACAGUACUGGCUUCAUGUUCACAACAAAGUCUCAUAAAGGAAACUACUAACAAGGCUGCUGAAAACGCUUCGACAGCUCACAAUCGGUUUCGCCCUUCUUCGGGCUCAUCAGGUAGGCGCAGUCCCCGACUUUCUGGCAACCUUAUUUUCUACUUGAACCAAAAUUGGACUGUUUUCGAGAAUAAGAUAAACGAGAGAUUCAGUU